AGUCCCGCCCCUCCAGUAGAUGGAGUUUGAGAGCGUGAUUCAUUUGAGCACGCUGACUCGAAGAGUUUCACCGAGUUUAUAAUUUCCUUGUUAGCAGGUGAAUAAUUAUUUAAAAAUUAUUUAUCUACCUCACUGAAGCAAAACAGGAGUAGUUCGUUGACUUGCUUUAAGCUAGAGCAACCGCGAUGCGUUUGGAGGUGGAAAGCGUACGUUCGCUUUAACGCGAGACAAGUUUCCACGUAGGCUAUUAUUUUCUCGGAUACUCCAAUGUUUUACAGCUUAUAACAGAGAACACGCCAAGACAUGGUUUCAAAGUAUGGAAACAGAAGACGUGACGGUUAGAGAGAAACUAUUCCACAAUCGAGUACGAGAAACCAUUAUUUGCGUGCUGCUUUUCGUUUGCCUCUACAUCUUGUCACACUUCAUUCUCACUCACUUCAAGAAGAAUGCUGAGUUUGUCGCUGAUGACAUUGAGGAUGCCACUGUCAACAAAAUUGCUUUGUGGCUGUGUACAUUCACACUCUCAGUGGCCGUAUGUGCAGUGCUGCUUCUGCCCAUCUCCAUCCUGUCCAAUGAAGUUCUUCUCACAUUCCCACACAGUUACUACAUGCAGUGGCUCAAUGGAUCGCUCAUCCGUGGUUUGUGGAACCUAGUCUUCUUAUUUUCAAACCUUUCGUUGGUAUUCCUCAUGCCGUUUGCCUAUUUCUUUACUGAAUCAGAGGGAUUUGCUGGAUCCAAAAAGGGCAUUAUGGCGCGGGUCUAUGAGACUGCCGUGAUGCUGCUGCUCCUCAGUCUGCUGGUGCUGGGCAUUGUGUGGGUGGCAUCAGCCCUCCUCCAUCACAAUACCGCACGUGAGAGCCUUUAUGACUUGUGGGAAUAUUACCUGCCCUAUCUUUAUUCUGGAAUCUCACUUUUUGGAGUACUGCUGCUUCUGUUGUGCACACCCUUUGGGCUUUCACGUAUGUUUAGCAUCACUGGGAGCUUAUUGGUCAAACCUCGGUUGUUGGAGAACCUAGAAGAGACCAUGAACUGCACAGUGUUUGAAGAGGCCUCUCUGUCCAGGAAGUUGAAAAGUAACACCUCCUGCUGGAUCAGUGCAAACACAGAGUCCAUCAACGCCGAGUUUUUGAGUGUGCAGUCCAAACGCAUUGCUUUAGAGUUGCGGAAAAGAGCGUCUCCAUGGCAACGCAACCUGGGAUACCCAGUAGCCAUGCUGCUGCUUUUAGCUUUAACUGCGGUGUCUGCGCUGAUGGUGUGUUUCCAUGUGCUCGAACUGCUCUUCGAUGAGUCUGCUAUGCCUAGAGGAAUGGAGGACCCUCACUUGGGCCUUGCCUCAUUCUCCAUGUUCGGUUCUCUGGGAGCUGCAGUGCAGGUGGUCAUCAUCUUGUAUCUCAUGGUCUCCUCGGUCGUCGGCUUCUACUGCUCUCCACUCUUCACCGGUUUGCUGCCACGUGCACAGGACACAACCCUCACACAGAUUAUAGGGAACUGUGUUUCUCUUUUAAUACUCAGUUCAGCCUUGCCUGUUUUCUCCCGGACAUUGGGAAUCACAAGGUUUGAUCUGCUUGGAGACUUUGGACGGUAUAACUGGCUUGGCAGUUUCCAUAUUGUUUUCCUGUACAACAUGCUUUUUGCUGGACUCACAUCUGCCUGCCUCAUCAACACCGUCACAUGGGCCUUGCAAAGAGAACUCAUCCGUGCCUUUGGUCUCCACAGACUGCCUCUGACUGUGUCUCGAUCAACCAUCCCCCUCAAACUCCUCCUAGCCAAUGGACUCUCAAAGAUUCAUUGAAGAGCGAUCAGCUUUUUGAUAUAUAAUUGGCAAUUGAAGCCCUUUACCUUCUGAGGAAGGUUCUGGCUACCAGUCUGUGGAUUUCUCCUACUGGACGAGUUCUAUUUUUGGUCCUUUUUUAGUGAAUAGGCACCAAAGCUGUUGGACAAUAUUUGUUGACCGAUGGGACCUCCUAAGUGGGAUUCUACAACUGCAGGUUUAUGCAUUGUUUACUUCAGUAAUAUUCAAUCAUAUUACUGCAUUUAAUAAAGGGAUGUCAAAUCACUGACCACCUUGAACAAUCAGCAUAUGAAAAAUGAACAAUGGUUACAGAGGACUUUGACAUGCGUCCAGACAGGAGAGCUAUUUCAGAGGAUGACAUCACAGCCAUUAUUGCGUUUCCUUUUCCUGGUGGUGGAAUGAGAGUGUUGAGUUCUGUCCUGGUGGGCCCCACCACGCUUUCCCCUUGUAUAUCACUAUUUUUAGUGUCAUCCACUGAAUUCAGUUACUGUGGGUCCUUACUGCACUGGCAUUGGAAGUCCAGACUGAUGGGGUUUGUCUGCUGCUAAAUGAGGUGAAGAACCUGAGAAAAGGGGUGAAAGUGGAACAACUGACAGUGAUCUUGGAGAUGAUGUUCGUUGUGAGGAAACAAAUGGGGUUCUAGCUUGUAAAAUACACUUUUUGUAGAGAUUAGGUUUUAAAAUAUAUGUUUAAAAAAGAUGGCUGAUCUGAAAUCAGUGAUUUCAGGCAAAGGCAACUGUGAAUGUUUAGGGAUUUUAUUAAAUUUUUUGUUAUAUUUAAUAUGUUAGUUUUUUAAAGUGCAAUAUUGUAUUAUGAAACGCUGACACAAUUAUGCAAAUCUAACUUGACUUAAUUUCAAAAACAAAAGGUGUUUGGCCCAAUUUAGAACACCUAGUUCGGGCAAUAUGGUCAAAGUUUGGCUAGUUCGUAUGUUUUGGUUUGAACUGUGUAGAGGGACAAUCAACGCACAUGACCAUUUCCUGUUUCAUGGACACUACAUUGUGUUUUCAUAAAUGUGGACUUUUUGAUUCAAUAAUUGCUCAUUUUAUAAGGAGCAGUAUUGUGGUGUUGUUUAUUCUUUUGUAUGAUUCUGUUAUUUAUGAAUUUGUUUCUAUAUCAGCAUAUUUUUGAAAUGUCCUUCAAGCGGUGGCCAGUAGAGGACAGUAUGCCACAAAUCCAUCAUUACAACAUC